AUGGGAUACAGAGGUCUCAAUAGAGACAAUCGACUCAGUGAUUGGUGUGCAUGGCUCGGUGUCAAACUCACAUAUAUUGGUUUAUCUAAUAACAGUUACUCUAAGCUGCCAGGCGUGGUCCCAACUGGUGCGGUUGGUGAUAUCGAUUUAUGCGGUAAUGGUUUGGAAGAUGCCCACUUGCAUGUCCUAGCGUCCACAUUGAAGCCUUUCCAUAGGCUUCGAGUCAAGGCAGUACACUUGGAUGGGAAUAAGUUGACAGGCGGUCAGGUAGUAGUGUCUGGGGUAGCUCUGCGCUGA